AUGGUCCGUUACGCCGCCCAGGAGAUCUCGGCCGCAAAGAGCGCCCGCGCGCGGGGCUCUUACCUGCGUGUCAGCUUCAAGAACACCCGUGAGACCGCUCAGGCCAUCAACGGCAUGAAGCUGCAGAAGGCUCUCACCUACCUCGAGAACGUCACCAAGAAGUCCAUGGCCGUUCCCAUGCGCCGCUACGCUGGCUCCACUGGCCGCACCGCCCAGGGCAAGCAGUUCGGUGUCUCCAAGGCCCGCUGGCCCGUCAAGUCCGCCGAGUUCCUGAUCGACCUCCUCAAGAACGCUGAGGCCAACGCCGACACCAAGGGUCUCGACACCGGUGCCCUUGUUGUCAAGCGCAUCCAGGUUAACCAGGCUCCCAAGGGCCGCCGCCGCACUUACCGUGCUCACGGUCGUAUCAACCCCUACAUGACCAACCCCUGCCACAUCGAGCUCAUCCUCACCGAGGCUGACGAGGAGGUCGCCAAGGCCUCCGAGACCUCCCUCAAGGCUUCCCGCCUGUCUUCCCGCCAGCGCGGCUCCCAGAUCCGCCGUGCCCUCACUGAGGCAUAA